AUGGCCAGGGGCCCUGACAACACACCGAGGUGGGCAGCCCUGAUGGUGCUGGCUGCCCUGGGCACAGCUGUGUCAGAGACCACCAACCCGGGCAUCGUGGCCAGGAUCACCCAGAAGGGCCUGGACUACGCCCGCCAGCAGGGAGUGGCCUCGCUGCGGAGGGAGCUGGGGAAGAUCGAGAUCCCCGCUUUCUCAGGAAGCUUUAAGAUCAAGUACCUGGGGAAAGGCGAAUACAACUUCUACAGUCUGGUUAUCCGUGAAGUUCAGCUGCCCAGUUCCCAGAUAAGGCUGUUGCCCAACGAGGGCCUGACUCUCUCCGUGACAGAUGCCAGUGUCAAGAUCAGCGGAAAAUGGAAGGCACGCAAGAAUUUCAUCAAAACCAGCGGCGACUUUGUCCUGAGUGUGCAGGGCGUCUCCAUUGCGGCUGGUCUGAAGCUGAGCUGCGACCCUGCCUCAGGCCACUCCACCGUGGCCUGCUCCAACUGCAGCAACCACAUCGACAGCAUCCGCGUGCACGUCUCCGGCAGCCACCUGGGGUGGCUGAUCCAACUCUUCCACAAAAAAAUCGAGUCUUCGCUCCAAAAGGCCCUGAGCAGCAAGAUCUGCCAGGUAGUGGCCAAGUCUGUGUCCUCCAAGCUGGAACCUUUUUUCCAGUCAAUGCCAGUGACAGCCAAAAUCGACAAGGUGGCCGGGAUCGAUUACUCACUGUUGGCAGCACCGACAGCCACGACCGAGACCCUGGAUGGGCAGCUGAAGGGGGAGUUCUUCAGCCUGGCCCACCGCAGCCCCCCGCCCUUCGCCCCGCCGGCGCUGGCUCUGCCCAUGAACCACGACCACAUGGUGUACCUGGGCAUCUCGGACUACUUCUUCAACACGGCGGGGCUCGUGUACCAGCAGGCGGGAGCUCUCAACCUGACUCUCAAGGAUGACAUGAUUCCAAAGAAAUCCAAAUUCCAUCUGACAACCAAGUACUUUGGAACCCUCAUACCCAAGCUGGCCAAGAUGUUCCCCAACAUGAGCAUGCAGUUCCUCAUCAGAGUCUCUUCUCCGCCGCACCUCACGGUGUCCCCCGCCGGCCUUGCCUGCACCCCCACCCUGGAGGCCCAGGCCUUCGCCGUCCUCCCCAACUCCUCCUUGGCCCCUCUCUUCCUGCUUGGCAUGAGCACAAACGCCUCCGUGGAGGUCGGCGCCAUGUCCGACAGGCUGGUGGGGGAGCUCAGCGUGGACAAGCUGCUCCUGGAACUGAAGCACUCAGACAUCGGCCCCUUCUCGGUGGAAUUGCUGCAGGCCGUCAUGAACUACAUUGUGCCCACCACUGUGCUGCCCAAGGUUAACGAGAGGCUGCAGAAAGGCUACCCUCUCCCGCUGCCCGCCGAUGUCCAGCUCUUCAACCUGGUGCUUCAGUCUUACCAGAACUUCCUGCUGUUUGGAGCGGAUGUUCUCUACCACUGA